UUUUUGUAGAGAGAGAGAGAGAGAGAGAGAUGGCAGUAGUUGAAAGAAUUCGUAAAGCAGAAAUUCGUGUAUUCGAGUGGAACGAAAGGAUUUUCAAUAAUGAGGAUUCGGAAUUUGAAGAAGGAAUGUUGAUGCUCCGUGUAUCAACUGAUGUUGUUGGGGAAGUCAAUAUUGAUUUCAGAACAAUUAAGGUUCAUCUUUUUCCAUUCCGUCUCGACAACCUAGUUCCUCGAGAAUCCUUAGAAUCGUUGUUCGAUUUGUCCACCCAAUCCCAGAAUGUUUUCUUGCUGGAUAGUAAUGAUCGCAUUCUAUCAGCACAUAUAAUUAAGUACCUUGUAAGUCAUUUUCAGUUUACCGCCACAGUAAACUCGUUUUCUUCAAGAAAGUCCAAGAUCGUUGUCGUCGUAGACAUUUCUGCGGAGAGUACUUCUGUUUUCAACACCGGUUCUUGCCAAGAUUUUCCUAAUGAAGAAGAAGAAGAAGAAGAAUGGGAAUAUGGCAAUGUUGAAGAUGAAGAACAAGAGAUGGUUUCCUCAACUACUUUAUCAAUGGAGGAAAAUCAAGAUCACGAAGAAGAUGAGGACAUGGACAAUGAUUCAACGGAUUUAAAUGUUGAAGAACAUGAAGUUGACUGUGUUGAUGAUUUAGAACAAGAAACUGAGGAUGAGGACUUAAUGGAUUAUAACAAUAGUGUUUCAAACAUAGUUGAUGAGGAGAGUUACUUUGCGGAGGUACCAAGGAAUGAUCAUUUGAAAAUUCUAAGGAUAUUAAGGUCUGACGUCGGUGAAUCAAUUCCUGGAGACGAACCAAUAUUUUUUUUCAAAGAAAUUGAGACCGCAGUGAAAGUCAACAGAUUGAAUGAUGAUCAUACCUCACCAUCAGUAGAUCAUUGUUCAAUAUGCCUGCAAGGGUUCUUGACGGGGACAGAGAUCGCAACCACGCCAUGUUCACAUAUAUUUCAUCAUGAUUGUUUGCGCACCUGGUUGCCAAAAAACAAUUCAUGCCCAAUGUGCCGAUCACUUUGUGCUACCAUAGUUCAUAUAUAGUUUAUGUACGUUGUUAUGGUAUUAACUAUUUGUGUUGUGUCUGUAUCUGAUUCUGAUCAUGUAUUUUUUUUUUUUUCGGCCUCGAAAAAGACCCAAAUAUGGAAACCCUGGUUUGGGUUGUAAGUAUUUGAUGUUUGUAUCUGAACUGUCAAAGAAAGUUUAUGUUCGAGGUGUUAGAAGUGAAGGCUGUUUUUGAUGUCAAUGUAGUAUAUGUUAUCUCAGAGCCAGCAGUGAUGUUCAUAGUGUAGACGCACAUGUUAAUAAUGGACAUGGACUUCAGUUACUUCAGUCUCUAGAACCUCUAUAAAU